CGGGGUGCAGGCUUCAAACCUGUAGCCGAUUAGCGUCGGAGUGGUUCAAUUCCACCUUCUGGGCGGUUUUUACCUGAGUCUAUCUUUUAAUUUUUUUUAUUUCAAAGAAGUUUUAUAAAAUACAAUGUAUUUUCAACAAUAUGAUAAUUCAAAUUCGAUAUUAUUUCAAUGAUUGAAAGUGAACAUUUGAGAACUUCCCUUAUUCUCUUCCAUGACGUUAACCUUUGAUACCUUAUCACUACGCGCAUGUACACAUCGGAAUAAAAAUCACAUUUGUUAAGAUUUACCAAUUUAAAAUUCGUAAUCGGCUAAAUAUAUGUAUUUUAUAUUUGUUUUUUGUUUUUCUCUUACCCUAGAAAUGCGCUUAUAUUGAAUCUUUUCGACUGAGAUAUUUUCUAUUGCGGCUUCAGAAAUUCAAUAUACAUUCGUAAUUCGACGGCACGUUUCUCGACGUUAGGAAGUCCGGUGUGAUUGCGAUCGUUGUCAUGUCGAGUUGGACAUCAGAGCACACUUUCGAACACCCAUGGGAGGAUGUGGUGAGAGCAGCAUUCCGCAAGUAUCCUAAUCCAUGUAACCCAGCAGUAAAAGGAGUGGACGUAGUGGACCGGUCAGUGUGUCCAAAGGGAACAAUUCAGACCCACCGUCUACUUUCCACAGAAUUCCCACUACCUGAGGUGGCUGCCAGGCUUCUAGGGGCCAAUUCUCAUUCCAUGCAUGUCAGUGAACACUCUAAGUUUGAUCCGUCUCAGUCCACAUACAAUCUACAGUCAAAAAAUUUGACACUCGGGCAUUUGGUUACAGUUCAUGAACGUUUAGAAUAUUUUCCUCACCCACAAGACCAGACCAAAACCUGUCUCAAACAACAAUCCACAGUCAAAGUCAAUGUACCGUUCCUGUCAGGGUAUCUAGAAAAACUCCUCAUAGAGAACUUUGAGAAAAAUGCACAUAAGGGCAGAAAUGGAAUAGAGUGGGUGAUGAAUAAGAUUAAGGAGGAGGAUGCUAACAAAGUCCCACUUCAAUCCUCCCCAGACAUCCUCACACAGAUAGAAACCAAAUUCAUUAAGGAGGCCGAGGACCUGAAAUUUAACAUGGAUAAUUUUCUCAAGAACGCCCAGGCCACCGGAUCACCUCUUUGAUAAUGGAUUAUUUUAGGCUUUUAAAUUUUUUGCUGGCCCAGUGGGAAAAUGAGUUGUAUUGAUGCAAUAUGGACCUGGAUAUGAGUCCAUUAUGAUAUAUUUCUCACUUUCUUUUGGUCAGGCUAAUUUCUGUGAUAUACCAAUAUAUUAUUGUCAUAGGAUAUUUUACUGAAUUGCCUCCUCAGGGUCAUCAUAUUAGGAAUCAGACACAGAAAUCCAUCUAGGCUUAAUUUUUUUUUGCAAGUAAUACAUAUACAUGACAAUUUUUGUGUACCGCUUUCCAUAGCAUAAUAGGAAUCUCGGACUCUGCAAAUUCAUAUGUUCAUUUUAUUUCAUCAUCAUGACAAUUACACCACUCUUUUUACUCUGUAAACAGCAAUGAUUCAUAUUACGCAGUGUUGUAGAACUGUGGCAUAUGUUGUUGAUUGUGGCCUUUAUUGCAGAAACUUUUGUUUUGAGGGGUUUUCAUGGUACCCCAAAAUGACUAAAAUUGUAAUGAUUGAAUGAGGCAUUCUAAAAGAAAUGAAGCUUUUUUUAUUGCUGUCAGCCGAAUUGAUUUUGUCUUGCAUAUCACAAUUGCGCAGCAAUAUGAAUUAUAUUUAAUCAGACCUGAUUAUAUUGUUUGUUUCUGUUGUUUAUGAGAUAUUAUGUUACAGUCUAAUAAAUCAUAGGAAAUGGAA